GAAGAAGGGAAGAAAAUGUUGGUAGAGUCUUGUUGGUCUCAUGCUGAAGUGUGAACCUUCUAUUUAUUCAUUCUACUAAAGGACUUAUUUGAACAAUAUUUUUUCAGCCCCUGUAAUGUUUCUUGUUGCUCUAGGACCAUGGUGCCGACUCAAUUGAUAUUGCUACCCUGUACCAUAAUUACAAAACGUACUGAUGUUCAAGCCGCCGAUAACCCAUCGGUCGGAAAUAGAGCCGAAAAACAAUGCCUUAAGGAGAACGGAGUACUAAGCCUCAUAACCUCUGGGCUACUUCUUUAUUUGCCUGGUUCUUUGUUCGCCUUCGUUUCUUUUUUAUCGUUCCCCUUUAAAGGCGGAAGUUGCAUGCUAAACGAGCCAGUUAUUUGCUGGAUUUUAGUCCAGAGUAGCUAUGGACCUAUGAAAGCCAUGACAAACCUCAUAUCCUUCUGGGCAACUGAAACAGACGCGUAUCUCUCUCGGCUGCACGGACUUCGAACAGGACUCCACCCGCACCCGGGAAUGGCCGAAGAUCCAUAUCAUCCAUAGAUGGGGCAAGGAAGCUGUUAACCAGGUCAGGAAAACAAAGAUACUGCACGCGGCUUCUGACAGAACGCCAGGUUACGGCUGCUGUAUUCUAUUUGCUAGAGAAAGUUGGAGGGAGGAGCCAAGGUUUCUUUUUAUUCUUUACAUGUCCAUCUCGAUUGUCAGGUACAUGCACACGGACUAACACCUCCCACUCAGAAAGAAAAGGAAAGGAAAAGGAAAAGUUACACCCUCUGAGAGUAUCGUAUUGAGUAAAGUGCCCACUAUUUAACGCACAAUCCACCCAAAGGCCCCAUAUAGAAGUCUGUAAUCAGAGUCAUUUGCAGGGCAAAA